GGGAGUUGAGAACAACCAAUUGAUCAGAGUUAGAAAUGAUGAAAUGGGAAGCUUUGGAGAAGCCACACCCACAUCCAUUGACAUACAUAGAAGAAAAGACAGAGAGCCAAGAAGAUAUGUUCUGUUAUAUCUGCAAAAAACCACUGUAUCCCCCAGCUUUCAUUUGCUCUACAUGCAAAUUUUACGUUCAUCAAUCUUGCAUCUACUUCCCUCCUCAAAUCCAGUCUCGUUUCCAUCCACAACAUUUUCUUUCCCUCGAUGAAAGCAACACCGACCAUUGCCAUUGUUGCUGGCAAAUGCCCCGUGAUUGCUUCUACACCUGCUCCCACCCUUAUUGCAGAUUCAUCAUUGACAUCAAAUGUCUUCUCGCUGACACUAAAACUCCUGGCUUGAACUCAAUAGGCAAACAUUUCAGUCAUUCACAUCCUUUCAUCCUUGAGAAGGAUAUAUCUACAGCAAAGUUGGUUGUUUGCCAUGUUUGCGGAAUGCUUCUUCCUUUUGGUCCUGCUUACUUUUGCUCGGAGUGUAAUAUCCGCUGUCAUAAAGCUUGCGGCGAUCUGCCGCAAGAGAUAUUACAACUCAACCAACACUAUCACCCGCUCUUCCUUUUUCCCUAUGCUAAGCCAAAAUCUUUUUGCAAUAGCUGCAAAAAUGAAUGUUCACAAUUCGUUUACAGUUGUGUUCAGUGUAAUUUCAAUCUCCACGUGACGUGUAGAGCAUCUUCAAAUCACAAACACAACUUCACUAGACUUCGAACUAUGAUUAGAUUUAAGUGUCUGUUAUGUGGUUGGUGGGGACAUGAUUUUCCAUGGUUUUGUAAUAUUUGCCAUCUCUUGGCUCAUGAGAAAUGCGCUGAAUUGCCCCCAUCCCUUUUGGUUGUUGGACACGACUGUCCUCUCAAUUUCACAUACUCUCACCCUUUUGUGAAUCAGAGCAAGUUAGCUUGUGAUAUAUGCAGAAAGAAAGUUGAACCACAGUUUGCAGCAUACAGUUGUUCCAAAUGCAGCUAUAUCGUUCAUUUGAAUUGUGCUGGGAAAAAGUAUUUGAAGGGACUACAACAACAUGAUGGGCGUUUAUAUAUAACCAAAAAAGACACAUUAAAAACUUCAUUUCAAACCUACUGCAUCAGAGAUGGAGAAGCAAUGCCCAAUGAUUUUUCAAACAAAACGCUUGAACUUCAGACUCUGCAUUCAAAUUGUGAACAGGGGUUGAUCCUAAACAAAGACGAGCGUAACGAUGAUAAACAAUGUCAUGGAUGUAUGCAACGGUUUCCAAUCACUGAGCCAUCUUACUCUUACAAUUGUGCUAAAUGUGGUUUUUUUCUUCACAAAGAUUGUGCUGAUUUGCCAAUUACAAAGAGGCACCAACUUCAUAAACAUUCUUUAACUCUUGUAGCAACACAAGAUGUGGCAUUUCAGUGUCAUGCUUGUCUGCAAGUCUGCCAUGGCUUUGCCUACCAUUGUGAAAAGUGCCUCUAUACCCUCGACCUUCGCUGUUUCAUGAUCAAAACCAAGAAAUUGAAGCAUCCAAGCCACCGGCACCUACUGUCUCUUGCUCAAAACCACGAUGACCAACAAUGUAAAGGUUGUGGCCAGAGCAACAAGACAGUGUUCGAAUGUGACGAUGGCUGCAGCAACUUCUCUUUGGACUACAGAUGUGCAACUCUGCCGCAGAAAGUGAGAUGCAAGUUCGAUGGUAGUUUGUUGUAUUUGCGUUUCUAUGUUGAAGAUGAAACAGGUGAAUAUUACUGUGAUGUAUGUGAAGAAGAGAGAAACCCAAAUGUAUGUUUUUAUCACUGCAAGACAUGUCAUUUAAUGGCCCAUCCUGAGUGCAUUCUUGGGGAGUAUCCAUGGCUCAAGUAUGGAUCAUAUGAAACUCACAAGCAUCCGUUGGCUCUUGUGACAGAGGGGAAGAAGAAUUUCUCUGAUUGUGAUCAUUGUGGGAAACCUUGUACCGGCAACUUGGCCUAUGAAUGUCGUCGUUGCAAGUUCAAUGUCCAUGCUAUUGGGCGAUGUUACCACGAUCAGAUACUGAAAGGCAAACUAAGUUUCAUGAUCAAGUGAUGAAUUUUCUACUUUCCUUUGUAGUUGAGUCUUGAGAAACCAUAAGGUCUAACGAUUGGCAUGUACACACGUGGUGGCAUUCUUAUAUACCAUAAGGAAAUUUAACCAAA